CAAGAAACUGGAGCAUCGGAUGGAGGAAGUGACGCCUGUGCCGUGUCAGGAACCGCCCAAGUACACGUCAUUUAAUGUAACGCGUGUACGCGCUCACUUCACCGUCUUGCGUCUCGAUCGUUUCCCGUAUCGACGUAGCGGGUGUUUCAAGGCACGCUGUUCCGUACGACCACGGCGUCCGGCGGAAAGUCAAGCUUCAUCACGCCGCAGCAUCACCGUGGCGACGGCGACGACAACGGCGGCCAUGACAUGGUGAUGUUGGGGGUUGAGGACCUGUGUAUAAUGCGCUACAGAGAGCUGGGAUACACGGAAGGCGUGCACGGAGAAGGCUUAGCGUUCACCUCUCUCCUCGCGCUGCUGCUGUGGGACGUCCUGUACGUGGACGGGGUUGCCGACGCCUUCCGCGGACCCCACCAGCCCCACCCCCUCGACCUGCGCUCAGACGACUUCUACCUCAACAGGAGGCGGGGGAUCGACGAUCGUCUGCUGGCGGUCACCGCGGCAACGGGCGAGGAGUUGGGGGAUGAUGCGGAGAGAUGCUGGAGGAAGCACGAGGGUGAAGCCUGCUCGCUCAUCAACUGGCAGCUGUUUGACGGGGUGGAUCACGUGAGAAGCCUGCUGUUGUGCAUGAAUGGGGGAACCUCUAGUGAGGAUCCUCGGGCGACUAGUGAAGGACCACCGUCACUGCCGGGGAGGAUGCCCGACCGUUGCUUGUGGGUUGGAACCCCGAGGCGAGAAAGUCUUACCAAAUAGUAGAGGUUGAGGAACCGAGCGACAGACUCUCUCACAAACAGAUGCUGUGGUUAGACUUCCUGCUGUCGGUGGGAGUGGACGCUGAGGUGUGUCACGUGGAAGCCGUCAGUGCAAGAAGCUAGCUGCGACCAACGACCAGGACUGCGAUGACCACCAAUGCCGACCCACGGUAUAUACUAGAUGGCUGCAGGAGCUAGUGCAACUG